AAUUCGUUUUCAUAUUUUCGUUACGAGGACGAGCGGAUUUUUUCUGGAAACAGAAAGUGCAAUUUUUUAUAAUUUUUUGAACAAGUUUCAGUUAAGUUGAUACGAUUUUUAAAAUAAUUUCUUCUCUUAGUAUUGAAUAAGAAAUUGUAAAUAUAUAUACAAUAUUUGUUUUUAAAUAUUGGUGACCAUUUCAAUUUGAUAUUUGAAAGUUCUGUACUAAUCCUUGAGGUUAAGCCAUGACUGAGCCCACGUACAUAGAUACUGGAGAAAUAAUGGAUAACCAAGAAAAGCAGAGUGUAGAAAAUAUAAAAAGCAUACCUGAUAUCGUCAUAGGAUCUUCCACUGUUGAAGUUUUUAAAGAAUCUUUAGUAGUUACAGAGAGUUCUGAAAAUUCCAGCCGUACACCAGUAAAAAAGGAUUUUGAUGUUCCACCGCCACCACCCCCACCACCAACGCCGGUUCAGGAAAGAUAUUCUAAUAGAUGUGUCGAUGUUGUGAAAUCAAAUACCGUAAUGCAAUUUAAUAUUAUGCAAGAAUCAAAUAUUGCGUAUGAUGAAGGAGUGAAAUUUGUAGACAAAAAGGCAAUAGGAGAAAAGGCUCCAGUUGAUAUCAGUAAUAAUAACACAUUGCCAUUAGAAAAUAUGGGAAGUGUCAGAAUUGAAAUGUUAGGGAAUGAUGAAACGGUAACUUCAGAGAUGCAUCCUCUAGAAAAAGCUAAAGAUGAUGCUAUGCAUCAUACAAACAUAUUGAAGGUUUUAGCGGAGGCAGCACCUUCACAUAAUGACGACGAAGCGCUCAAAAUUCCAAUGAUUCAAGAUGAUUCGAUGUCAUUUUCAACGGAAACCCCUCCACCGACACUUGCCAUAGUUGAGUAUCAUUCAGCAUUUGAGACAUGCGCCAAAAAUCUAACAAUUGCAAAUGAACGUUCCCUAAAAAUUCAACGCUUAUCGGAAAAAAAUAUUGAUAUUCAUUCAUCCGUAUAUCCCAAAGCAAUACCCCUGCCACCACCAACUCAAUCAAAUCAGAUUUCUUUACCCAUUGAUACUUUCUGUGGAAAUAAAUUAAAAGCUCAGGUAAAUACUGAUACUCAAAUCAACCAACACCAGCAUGAGGACGAGGCACUUUCAUUGAAUAUGCAACCACCGCGCUCAUCUACACCUUGCACAAGACAGACUUUGUCUUGUUCUAUAGCUAGUUGUGAUUUGGAACUGAUCAGCGAACAGGUUAGUCCGCUGAGUGAAUCUGAUGAGGGAAAGGCACCAAUCAUAGUUUCAAAACAGCAAAUUCAACGUAAUGCGCUUUCGAAAUCAAAAUCAGCGCCUGUUAUUACCGAACGAGCUGAUGAUACAAAUAUUUGUAAAUCAAAGUCAAUGGAAAGAUCAAAUUGUUUCCUUCAUUAUAGUCGCGCGAAUUUACUACAUAUACGCAACGAUCUACUAAAUCUUUUUCAUUCGCAACAAAAACAGCAACUUUCUAUAAAACUUAAUACAUCAAAUAUUGUCGAUUGCGAUGUCAUUGAACUAGAAGCGCGCCUACGACGGCUUAAUAUAUGGAAAUCCAUAAACCAAGAUGAAAAUAAUAAUAUUCGGAAAAAUCAAUGGGCACGGUGUAAUGAUAUGAUGCCUGCAUUUUCGAGAAAUAAAAAUGUAUUGGAUGAGUCGAUCAUUAAAAGCCAACCGCCGCAGCCAGAGCUUAAGGAUCCUGCUAUUAUAACAAACCAACGUCGUAUUGGAAGCGGAAGGUUACCAAAAGUUAAAUGGGCUAAUACGAUUGCAACAGAUAAUUCGUCAUCGUAUGAAAAAGAUCACAAUAAACAUACUCACAAUGAUAUGUCAAGCAAGUUAAGACUACUUAAACUUUUUGAAGCAAGUAAAGUUGAUAAUAUGCGCAAAGAUAAGAAUUUAUAUAGACUAACGGUAAAUCCAUUUACCACUGCCACUAAAAAUUCUGAUCGCAUUGAGACAUUAUCACCAUCAACCACUCGCGCCAACGUCAAUUACGUGAAGCGACUAAACUCUGGCUUUUUAGUUGUUUCAAAUCCCAAGGAUCGAGUGAAAGAGGAUACCGAGCAUCAUCGUUAUAAAAAUGAAGAACCGGAAUGGUUCAGUUGUGGUCCAACUUCGCGUUUAGAUACGAUUGAGCUUUGUGGUUUUGAUGACGAUAAGGAUGUUGAUCAUUUUGAAAAUAAAAUAAAUCAAAAUGUUGAUAAUGAGAUAUUGAAUGAGAGUGAUGAUUCUAAAGAAAAUCGAAAUGAAAACGUAAAUAUGGUUUCUAAAAUUACUAAGCUGGGAAAUUCUCAACAAUAUGACACGAAGACCGGUGGAUCCACAAGUAGCGACAAUUCCUCAAAUAUGCACGAUAGUAGUGCGGACUCAGUAGAAGAACGUAAAUCUAAAACUUUUCAGUAUGAUACCUUCUCAACAGGCAAUGCCAACAAAUCAACUUAUCAACAACACCGUCAACAUGGUGGCGGGAACAUGGAGAGUAAUGGGCAUCACAGUUCUAGUGGUCGUUCAAGAUUUCUACCAUUUUUUGUGCCAGGCGGCAAAAAAAACACACACGAACCCGCUGAAAAGACUAGUUCAUCUACGUCAUUGAAUGAGUUUUUCAAGCAGGCCUUGAAUGUACAGCAAUCUACUGAACAUCAACAACAGAAACAACAGCAAAAAACAAACAUGGGCGAUAUACCACUUGUAGAUGAGUUGGAAGCUAAAUGGCGGCGCAAUUCUUUGACUGAGCGUACACAAAAUAAUAUUGAUAUCAACAUGGAAAAUAAAAAUAUUAAAUACAAGCAUUUAAGUGGAAAACAACGCCAGGAUAAUGUACAACAAGAUCCAUAUAAUAACGUUCUGUUUAAAAAUUCUGAAAAUUUCAAACAAUUGUUGGGACAAUUGCAAAAUUAUACAUAUAUCGAUAAUAACAAUAAUAAUAAAAAUGUUCAAAACAAGCAAUCUACAAUAAACACCAUAAAGAUAAAUGGCAAAGGGGAUGGACAACAUUCAACAGCUUUAAAUUCCCAACAACAAAUGCCUGGUCAAUUUUGUAACGAAAAUAUUUCUAAUUUUAUAUUUAAGCAACAGCAAUAUCAACAGCAGCAGCUAUUGUUGGCAAAUUUACAUAUGAAAACGAUUUUAAGUCGUCCCGAAGCGCAAUAUCUCUUACUGGGACUGGCUAAAGGCGAGAUUUCCAAGCAUGGUCUACUCGUUCAGCUAUCGAAUCCGCGAUUGCCGCAGCGGGAUCGUGAGGCGAUAACUGCGGUACUUACAUUCACAUCGACGCAGCAUACGCAUGGACUACAAAGUCAAUUCGCUCAAGCGCAAAAUCAACAGCAAUUUUCGUUCACAAAUCCACAGACUCAUACAAUUGAUUCUUUCUCAAAUAAUUUGGUAAUGAAUCAUUUGCAAAAUCUACACAACUUAGCAUUGGUUCAGCAAACAUUGGCAGCGCAACAACAACAACAACAGCAACAACAGUGUAACAAUCAACGCUCUCCAUUUUUAUUACAACCAAUGACAACCGAGGAUUUUCCAAAUCAUACCAAAAUAAUAAUGCAAAAUGCCUUAGCAAAACGAAAAUUUGAAGAGCAACAAACAAAUAUAUUAGGUAUGCGAAAAUUAUUGCAAUUGAAUGCAGUGGCUACGGCUGCUGCUGCUGCGGCCGCUGCAGCUACAGGAAACAAGCAGCAGCAUCAUCAGCAGCAGCACCACCACUCGCAGCUAACAGCGCACAGUCGCUUGCCAGCAGGUGCAUUAACAACUAAUCGUGCAACUAAUGGCAACGGCAAUCGGAGGCUACAAGCUUUGCAGAAUCUUUUUAAUGAUUCAAAUGGCAAAGUGGACUCGAUAGAUGGUGUUCCAUCUAAAAGUGGCUUCACUAAUAGUUUUCAUUCAAUGAAAUCGCAAUCAAAUCAUAGUAGCGCGGGUAUGUACAGGAAUUCGAUCCAUGGUAACAAUAAUAGCAAUAUGUCAAUUAAUCGACGACGUUCAUUCCCGUGUAAAUUUACAAAUGUUGGACACUUUGUUGUUCCACCAACAAAUGAAACAUCAAACUCUUCGGAAACAGAUUCUCAGCGAGAGCAGCAACCAACAUCAUCAGCGCAAUCGCAUGAUGAUCACACAGAAACGCACUGUCAUAGCAAUCCUUACCAUGAUAAAAAUGAUGCAAAUAACAAUUGUACACAGGUUGACAUGGAAAGUGCGUAUGAUGCACAUCAGACACAACUUCAGCAGCCAGCUGUGGUGUCUACCGGUUGCGAUGAGCACCAGUAGUAAUCUUUUUCAAGCAUUGAAAAAGUCACCAGUUGGCGUUAUGGCUGCUGGCAUAUUCUCCACGUUGGCCAUAGUUGGCACUUAUCGUUUCGCCAUUAGGCCUAUACUGGAAUGUAGACGUCGCGAAGAAGCUGAAGCUUUUGCCGAAUAUAUAUUUCAACAAGAGAAAUCUAAGAAAACAUCAUCAUCAACUUUUUAGCAACAACACAUUAUUCAAUUAAACGCAAAAAUCUAAAAUGUAAAAAACAUAUUCAUAGUAUAAUUUUUGUAAUUGUAAGGCAUAAUUAUAAUAAUGGAUUUCCCAUUGUUUUCAAAUGCAAAUCAUAUUACAUAACGCACAUAUACACACAUACACGCAACAAUAAUGCAUGUUAAUAAUGCUGUAAUUUAUUUGCGUUUGUAGCCGUUGGGAAAAUGGAAAGACUUUUUGGCUAUGUUUAAUUUAAACUUAACUUCACUAACUUCUGAAGGUGUCACGACAGAUGGAGAUAUAAAUAAUAAAAAAUAAGAUUGUAAUUAGUUAUUGAGAAAGUAGAAGAAACAGAUUACACAAAAAUACUGUAACGCUGAGAGUUGAAAAA